GCGGGAAGCAAGGGGGUGCAUCUAAAAAGGGCAAGAGCGGCGCGACAAAGUCCGCUGCUUCCGCAUCAAAAUCAACAACUGCUGCUAGUACUACCUCUCUACGCGAGCAGGUGAAACAGUUUUACACUGCUCUAUCAGCCUGGGACAAUCGGAUGAGAAACGCGAUUCUCACGUUGUCGGCGUUUGAACACCCAAUGGAGGAGGGCAUCAGCGGUGGCAGAGGUCUUGAACGACCGGAAUCGCUGCCCUCGUUUUACGCUAGGGAAGCUUCCGCAAAAAUGGGAGACCACGAAGCCCCCAGCAGGAGCUUUCAUUCCUUUGGCGCACAGUUUCGGGCGAUUGCUAAUUUCUACAGAUUUGAGCAGCCACGAUUACUCGAGGAAACCGCGAAGAAACUUACCGAGGAGGUUCUACUUCCGCUUGAAACGUUGGUACAGCACUGGGCAGAGGAAGUAGAGGCCGCGGCACAGCAACUUGGCGGAGACGCAGCUGCGGCUGGUGAACAGAAAGCUUCCAUUCGGGCGUUGGACACUGAACCUUUGGAGGUAGAGGCAGCUGCAUCAGUGCCAGAAGUGACAGUUGUAACGCCACCCGGCGCAGUUCCUGUAGCUGUUACCAUCGACAAGUCGGCGUUGCAGGCGACGUCUGCAUUGACCGUAACAAAUGUGGAACCCAUAGUUGGGGCCACUACAAAGGGCAGAAGUAAACAAGCUGCAGCAGCAAAAAAAGAUGCUCUUCCGACAGGAGAAAAGCCACCCUCGCAAGAACUACCCGCCUCAGCACAACAUCCUGUCAACCCGCCGACGGCGGUACAAGUGAAGCGCUGGGCCGGAGGUCCGGGCAGCAGUCCUCCUCCCGGUGCUGCUGUUAAGAAAGACUACCACGAGAUUCCCAAUCCCGUAGCUUCCGGCAUUGCACAGACCACUGCGGCCGCAACGACCUACUACGCUCCUGCACCACCGGAAGCAGCAGCUGCAAUUGACCAGGUCGUACACGGGACGAGCGCAGAAGUAGUGCGUCUUUCAGCAACUCCUGCACCACC